AUGGCUCCAAGAAGAUUGCAGAGAAUGUUGUUAAGACUGCAAGGAUAUGAUAUUGAUUUGGUGUAUCGAAGUGGAAAGAAUAUGGAGCUUUCUGACACGUUGAGUCGAGCGUAUCUUCAUGAAGGUGGAACCCCGGUCGAAAUUGAAGUAGAGCCGAUCAAUGUGAUGCACAGUUUACCCGUUGACUCAGCAAGAUUGGAUGAUAUCAGAGCGAGUAUGGAAACUGAUGAACGCAUGCAAGAGCUGAAGAAAGUCAUUUUGAAAGGUUGGCCAGAUAAGAGAAAUGACGUUCCAGGGCAAGCGAGACAAUAUUUUGGUGUACGUGACGAAUUGACAGUUCAAGAGGGUUUGAUUUUUCGAGGUGAAAGAGUGUUAGUUCCGAAUGAUCUGAGAAAGCAGAUGAUUCAAUGUAUUCAUUCGACUCAUAUAGGGGCAGACGGAUGUCUACGUCGUGCAAGAGAAUCUAUCUAUUGGCCAGAAAUGACCAGAGAUAUUAAAGAUCACACUGCACAGUGCGAUGUAUGUAGAUCGUUUCACAAUAAGCAAUCCAAAGAAACACUGAGAUCUCUCGAAGUGUCCAAUAGACCAUGGGCAAAAGUCAGAGUUGAUAUUUUUACGUUUAAUGAACGAAAUUAUCUGUUAAUUGUUGACUAUUUUUCAGGUUUUUGGGCAAUAGAUCUUCUAGAGAAUGUCAAGGCGAAAACG